CAAAAGAAAAUCACUUUCCAUUUCCUUCCAUCACUUUCCAGCUGGUUGAGGAUUUUUGGGUUUUUGGAUCCAAAGCCUUCUCUUUUCUCUCUCUCUCUCUCUGAAUCUUGAAAUAGUCCAUCUGUCUGUCCAUGCCAUCAACCAGAUCAGUCACAGAAAUUAACUUAAUAAAAUCCUAAAGCUGACAUCUGUGAAGCUGUAAAUGGACCAACCUCCUAUUGUCCAUAUCCCAGGGUAAACCUCUAUUCAGGUAUAAUACUUAUAUGUUACUGAUUUGAAGGCAUAAAAAUUGAACCUUUGUUGAGCUAAAUAAGGAGAUAAUUUUCAGGUUCGAACCCUGCGCUAUGUAAACUAAGUCUGGUAUUUAAGUGGAAAAUGAUAGAGAGACGGGCUCAUUAUCCCGAGUUCGUAGGUUACAAUCGCGUUCCUAAGGGUUGGUUCCAUACGGAUUUCUCGGUCAUUAAAAAAUAAGGAGAUAAUUUUCAGGUUCGAGCCCAGCACGAUGCAAUCUAAGUCUGGUAUUUAAGUGAAGAAGAAUCACUAUCCUCAAAUUUCGACGGUUACAGUUGUUUCUAAGGGUUGGCUCGAGACGGAUUUCUCGGUCAUUCAAAAAUAAGGAGAUAAUUUUCAGGUUCGAGCCCUGCUUCAUGCAAACGAAGCCUAGUAUUUAAGUGAAGAAAGAUAAAGAGGCGAGCUCAUUAUCCUCAGGUUUCGACUGUUACAAUUGUUUCUAAGGGUUAGCUCCAGACGGAUUUCUCGUUCCUUAAAAAUAAGAUAAGGAGAUAAUUUUGGGUAUUUUAAGUGAUCAAAUGGGGUCAUCUGGAUUUUUCCUCUUAUGUAUUCUUCAUUCUAUGGUGGCCUUAACAUCUGGAGGUUUAAUGAUGUUUUAUAGCAAUGAGGUAUUUAUAUUUAGUCAUGGCAAAGAACGUGCUAGUAAACUUCUGGGGUCAACACCACAUGAUCAGUUAAUAAUCCAAAUAUCAGAUUCAUUUUCUGGACUGCUUUUAUUUGCAAUUGGACUUUUCUUGUUCAUGGUUGCAUUUAUAAAGGAUAGAGAGUUUCAUGGAUUCUUUGCUAAGGGAUGUAUUCUUCUUCAUAUUGCUAUGGCUAUUUGGAGAAUGUACUUUGAGAGGAAACUUGAAGAGGAUCUUGGCCGUGAUUGGUUGAGACUUGUUGUUGCUGACAUUGCUUUAGGACUUUCUUGGGUUUUCUUUCUUGUUUACUCUUGGAGAGAGAAGUAUGAUUAGUCUGGUUAGAGUAGCGUGCCCGUUAUCCACUGAAUUUCGAGCAGUGUGCCACUAGCUCCAUUAUCAUUCGAGCUUCGAACGGUGCACUAUUGUGUCCAUUAUCGCUAAGUUUUGGACGGUGCGUUGUUAACGGUCAGGGGGUUUCUCGGUUAUUAAAAAUAGUUGGAUUAGUCUUUGUAAAGGGCGUGCCCGUUAUCUAUCGAGUUUCGAACAGUGCGCCGUUGUGUUCAUUAUCCACCGAGUUUAUACGAAACUCGGUGUGCUGCUGACCUUCAAGGAUUUCUCGGUUAUUAAGAAAAAGUUUGAUUAGUCUUUGUUUGCAUAUUUAUAUUUUUAUUCACAGGACGACAAAAUCGUUCUUGUUCAAGUAUCAAUCAACUACGUCUCAAUUCCGAACUAGUUGGAUUGCUUGGGGCAUCGUAUGGAUAUGCUUGUGUGAUAGGAAGCUACGUUGCAAGUUAAGAUUUUGAAACACAAAUAAGAUUGUGUUUCUUUGCUUCAAUCUUGAACAGUACUCUCUUCUUCUUUUUUUUGUGGACAAAGUUUGUAUAGUACUUCCUUUUCUCCCGUAAUUAUCUUUGAUGUAAUUUUGUUGAUAGAAAUGAGAAGUGUUUGUGAUUUCCUUAA